UCUUUUCAACACACACAGACCAAGAUCAGAUGUCUUCCGUGGCUGGGCUUGCUGAUCUCUACAUCAUGAAAAACGGCUAUCUAAGGUUGCUUCCAGGAUUCUUGAUUCUGCUGUUUUUGCCAACGGAAUCCACAUCCUUGAACAAGAAACCCUGUGCUUGGUGGUGCCCUCCAAACCCUCCAUGUGUCAACACCGAUGCCUGCCGCUGCAUUCCUGGGUUCAGUUCUGCAUCUGAGGACAGCUUCACCAGCCCCUUGGAGAGUUGCCAUGACAUCAACAAGUGUGGACCAUCAUGGAAAGUGUCCUGUGGAAUAUAUGUAGACUGCCAGAACUUUAACAACACACGGCGUCAAUGCAAAGGAAACAGAACUCUUUCUCAAAAAGAAUUUGAGAAUGAGUGUACUAAUAAAACACUUGAACUCAAUCUACGACUGCUGAAGACAAUGAAGAAUGCAGUCCAGAAACUUAAAAACUCUACACGUUGUGCUCAGUGGUGCCCUCCAAACUCCAAAUGUGUUGAUGCCAAAUCCUGUCGCUGCAUUCCAGGAUUCACGUCUUCAACUGGGGAAAUCAUCACCAGCCACUCAGAGACUUGUGAUGAGAUCUCCAUCCACACCUGGACCGCACCCUCAAGUAUCAAUAGCUCGACGCUCUCCUGCUUCUUCAACAGAGUCCAGAAUCUUAGUGAAAACGUGGAGUCAGUCCCUGUCCAGGACACUAUCCAGAACCUCAUACAGGGGGUGGAUGAAAUGCUGGAGGCCCCCCAGGACCUGGAAACCCUGCCCAGCUCAGAGCAGCACCUUGUGGCCUCUAACCUGCUCAUUGGCCUGGAAACUGUCUUGAAAGGACUGAGCAGGUCCCUGGACAAUGAGUCACUGCACUUCAGUUCACCUUCAGGCACAGAAAUGUCACUGAAGGCACUGGAUAAAGAAGAUAAGAAUGUCACCUUGAUUCAGAAUAACAUAAAGAUGAUACUGACCUGGGAUACAGUGCAUGAAUCUAAUGACUCAGGUCCCAUGGUGGUGGGCCUUGUCUCCAUGCCUGGGAUUGAAAAGUUGCUGGAUAAAGUCCCCCUGAUAGUGGAUGCUGAGGAACAGGCAGUUCCACAUGAGACACACAAGGAAUUGCUGCAGGAAACUCCCCCUAUCCUGCUGUCAGAUGUCAUAUCUGUUUUUAUCAGCAGCAGUAACACACAAAACCUCAGUUCUCCAGUCAAAUUUGUCUUCAAACAUUCAAGGACCCCGGAAACAAAGGGGAAGGUGCACUGUGUCUUCUGGGAGCAGGGCCAGAAUGGAAGUGGCCACUGGGCAACCAGAGGCUGCAGGACGAUGGACAGCGGAGACGACAGCACCACCUGCCAAUGCACCCACUUCAGCAGCUUUGCCGUCCUCAUGGCCUACUACGAUGUGCAGGAGGAGGAUCCCACACUGACUGUGAUCACCUACGUGGGACUCAGCCUUUCUCUGCUGUGCCUCCUCCUGGCGGCCCUCACCUUCCUGCUGUGCAAAGCCAUCCAGAACACCAGCACCUCGCUCCACUUGCAACUCUCACUCUGCCUCUUCCUGGCCCACCUGCUCUUCCUGACAGCCAUCGACAGAACUGAGAGCAAGGUGCUGUGUACCAUCAUCGCAGGUGCCCUACACUAUCUCUACCUGGCCUCCUUCACCUGGAUGCUGCUGGAGGGUCUGCAGCUCUUCUUCACUGCCCGUAACCUGACGGUGGUCAACUACUCCAGUGUCAACAGGUUCAUGAAGAAGCUCACAUUCCCAGUGGGCUACGGAGUCCCGGCUGUGAUUGUGGCCAUUUCUUCUGCAUCCAGGCCUCAUCUUUAUGGAACACCCAAACGAUGCUGGCUCAGCACAGAAAAAGGAUUUGUAUGGACAUUUCUUGGCCCUGUCUGCACCAUCUUCUCUAUUAAUUUAGUUUUCUUCCUGAUAACAUUCUGGAUUCUGAAAAAGAAGCUCUCCUCACUCAACAGUGAUGUGUCUACUCUCCGGAAGACUAGGAUGCUAACAUUUAAAGCCACAGCUCAGCUCUUUAUCUUGGGAUGUACAUGGUGUCUUGGAAUCCUGCAAGUGGGACCAGCUCCCCAAGUCAUGGCCUACCUUUUCACCAUCAUCAACAGCCUGCAGGGUUUCUUCAUCUUCCUGGUGUACUGCCUCCUCAGCCAGCAGGUGCAAGAGCAAUACAAGAUAUGGUUCAAAGGGAUCAAGAAAAAGAAAACUGAGUCUGAGGAGUACACACUCUCCAGCAGGACCAUGUCAGAACCCUCUAAACACAGUGAGGUAAGAUCAUGCAUUGCCUCAGAGCACUUCACUGAUUGA